AUGGGAACAUGGCUCCGGCCCUUCAGAGUUCACGUCUCACCGAGGACUGAAGGCGGACUGGGGGAUCUCGGCUUCAGCAGUGAGUCCGAAGGUGUCGACAUCGCAGCUCAGACUUCAGAGGCCUCUGAGGCGGACUUCAAGGAGUACGCAAAGAGCCUCGGCGUGGAGCUUGAGAAGGAUGUUGACCUGGUCUGGGUUGCUCGGGAGGCCUUUGAAGCUCCGCUACCAGCAAGUUGGUCCGAACACCUGGACCAGGAGCGACGCAUCUACUUCUUCAACCAGGUGACACAGCAGAGCAGCUGGAAUCAUCCCAUGGACGAGGUCUUCCGGGACCUGCUCCAGCUCAUCAAGUCAGUCAGGAGGCUGGAUCCACCCGAAGCCUCGGUGGUGGAAGCCGUUCAGACGCACCUCCAAAGUUGCCACGACCGAGCUUCAGCGGCCCUGGAGGGAUGGAGUGGGCCCUAUGCAGCCGAAGACGGCGAGUACUUCUACCACGCGGAGCAGGGUGUCAGCACCUGGCACAACCCCGUGGAAGAGUGGCAGACGGAGCUCUCCGUUCGCCAGCAGGUGCUCCACCGCUGCCUGCUGCACGAGAGCCCUCCCAACAAGGCUGCCAACGGCAUCGCGAGGGGCAGGGGCGCAAGCAGGGACACCUCACCUCCGGCACUGCCGCUGCAUCUGGCCAGGCCGAUGGCUGAAGGUGCCACGCCUCCCUCUCCAAGCUCAGCCAGGUCCUUCGCCACCUGCAUCUCUGCACGAUCUACUUCAAUCACUCCUCGAAGCCGCCGCCCAUCUCUCUGUGCCAGUGAGGCAAGAUGGCAGUCUAAGCCCCUAAGCCUUAAGCCCCUAAGCACUCACUACAGUAUUGCAAUGCAGCUUUCAAAUCUUCCGCUUGGAGCUUGUUACGCUGUCACCUUUCUGAGCAUCUGCCACAGGCACCCUCGAGGAAUAACUCGAAGCAGAGAGCGGAGAUGCCGGCGCUCACGCCUCAGCCGAAUUGAGCAUAGAUGCUGGGACAUGCCUAGGGCCUAG